AUGAUCUCCGUUUGGAUCAGAGUUCUGGGGGCUCUACUCCUCGCUUCGGUUGCUCAGGCCCAAUUUCAGUUCUUCGAGCAGAUGUUUGGGGGAGGCCACCAAGAACAUCAUCAACAAGGCUCGCAGAACUCUGCAAGCGAUAGUUCGAGAUACCAACAAUUAUGGGAAGCAACCAAUUGCAACAAGUAUCUUUGUCCCGGCACGCUUGCAUGCGUUGACUUCCCGCAUCACUGCCCAUGUGAGCAUCCGAAUGUUGAAGACAAGGUCGAACUGGGUGAAGGAAGUGCGGUCUGCAUCUCCAAGGGAGGAUACAAGCCUGGGGAGGCUGCGCGGAAGAUUGAGUUGGCUCGGAAAGGUCUAUUGUAA